ACUAACAUCCUCCUUUCACGUUUCAGCAACAUGUCUUGGGAGCUCGGUUGAGCACCUGCUACCCCUCUCGGACUUUCGUUCCUAAACAGCUGCAAAAAUGGUCUCGUGCCAAAACAGCAAGACAUUAACAUCACCUCGCUCCGCCUUGAAAGGCACAGCGCUAGCGACGGGGCGGGGUGUUGUGAAACAUUCGGCGGGCAACAGCAAGGCCAAGAAGGUGCAACGGGCGCUGGAGACGGUUUUUGAGGAGACGGUGGGCCACUCGCCGAGCUUCUUUUCUAUGCGGGGCGUCCUGGCUUCGCCGCAGCGUGCGGAUGGGACGCGCAAACUGCAGCGGCGGCCGGGGGCGCUGCUGCCGGCCUUUGGGCGACUGCGAGCGCAGGAGGGCCGGGACCUGCCCACGCAGCGCAAGGCCACGCCCGUCAAGGACUCGGCCGCCGGCCUGCGCGCGGGCUGGGGCCGGCACCGGCUGGGCGGCCGCAGCGCCGUGGACGACCUGGCCACCGAGCUGGAUGCCAGCUGCCAGCUGCGCAGCGCGCUCAAGCAGCAGCAGCAGCAGCAGCAGCAGCAGCAGCAGCAGCAGCAGCAGCAGCAGCAGGGGGCGCAGGGGAUGCGGCAGGGGCCGCAACAGGGGCCGCAAGAGCAAGAUUGGCUGCCUGGAACACAGCAGCAGGGGCUAGCAGGAGAUCUGGCAGGCGACGCGGCGGCGGUGGCGGCUGGCGCGGGCUCGGCUGGCUGCACGCCGGCAGUCAGGGCUUGGCCCCGCGGUCCUGGCAGCUUCGGGUUGCGCCUUGCGGCAGCGGCAGCGGCAGCUGCUGCUGCGGCCUGCGAUGCGGCGGUGGUGCCGGCUCCGGCCCUGCGGCUGGCCACAGCGGCGCUGUCGCCCAUGGAGCCCAUGGAGCCCAGCCCCAGCCCCAUCGCGGGGCUGCUGACGCUGUCGCAGCCGCACUCGCAGCCGCACUCACAGCCGCACUCGCAGCCGGAGCUGUUCGGGGUCGGGGUGCCGCUGCCGCUGCCUCUGCGGGCGUGCUGCCCGCCGUUCGAGACCGGGGCCGGGGCCGGGGUGAUGGUGCAAGGGGUUGGGGCCGCGGGUGGUGAGGCGGCCAUGGAGUCGGGAUAGAUGCAUUGCUGGAGGUGGUGCUGGGGGGCUGCGUGUGUGCGGCGCUUGUGCGUGCAAUUAGGGAAGACACCGUGCAUGUGGAACAUGUGCAAGCAGGCAGUGCGCCGCGCUUAGCACGCGUGUGGGGGUGUGUAUGUGUCCAGCUGCGAGCUUUGGUUGCCGGGGGCCAGCAACCGUAGCUGCCAUGUGGAGCGAUGGGGAUUGCGUCGUAGUAGGACGUACCCACCAAAUGUGGGCCGCAAGACAGGGCGCGUGCGCAGAAAUGUGAUUGUUGGGGCGGAGCAGGUUUGUGUGGCGAGUACACGUCUGGUGCGUACGCGUGUUGGCGUGCGCAUAUGGAUGUGCUGAUUCAUGGAAAGGCCGUGGCGAUGGGUGUUGGCAUGCAGUGUGGGGGCGGUUGUAGUGAGCAAGGCUGCUGCCUCAAUCCGCACUAAGCUAGCCGGAGCGUCCAAAGACGAAAGCUUGGGAGAGGUGUGCGAGUGUUCCAUUCAUUCAGUCGUGAUCGUGUCAAUGUGGUCGCAGCCUCCUGGGCGUAGUGAGGGUGGUGCUGGAAGGCCAGUGGGGUGAGGGGCCCGGGCGCGCCCGUGGUGCCGGCGGUCCAACUGCAGGCGCCCGGGCCGUAGGCAGGAGGCGCCCCGGAGGAGGAGGCGGAGGAGGAGGAGGACGAGGAGGAAUGACUGGUGUGCUGCUGGCAGCGGCAGCGGAGUUCCGGCUGGCGUUCUGACUGGGAUGCAGGAACUGCAACAAAGGAGUAGCGGAUGAACGGCAUGUUUUACUUGAGUGUGAAGCGUACACGUGUGUCAGAUCAACGUACGGUAUAAGUUCUGAUUCAAUGAAGCAGGUUAUGCAAGGUGCUGACCAGGUUAAGUUGGCUUGCUGCGUACGUGAUACGGUAUUUGGUCUAAGCGCUGUCUUUUGAUUAGGCAGAACCACGACGGUGCACACGGUGUGCAAGACGCAACUAACAAUCCAGUUCCAGGAGACGUCGCUUCAUGCCGCUGCUGCCGGGCAGGUGCCCUGCGUCACGUCAUAGCGGUAUGCCGUCGAUGGACGCAAUGGAAUUCAACAGUAGGGAUGCCUGGCAGCCCUUGUCAAGGGGCAGUAGGCAGGCCAAGCGAGCGGCUUAAUGGCGCCCUUCACGCCUGGGCACGUCUUCCCGUACAGACGUCCAGUGUUCAUAUAACAGCAGAUAACAGCAAGGCAGCCGGGCCGCAGCUGGGCUCCUGCCUUCCGAGAGCCGCCAUUCCAAGGGCAACCCCCAAACAAGCGCUACACGGCGCUCGUACUUUGGGCUAACGCUCGGUGCCAUGGUCGGACACGUGGAGUACCGUGACAGACGGCUUGUCUAGCUGGUUGACGUCUCGGCUUUAGUGAAGUGAACU